AUGAAACCUGCUGAUGUAACUGCUGCUAAUGAAAAAGAACUGCUGGAAAGAAUAUACAAACCUCUUCAAGAUCAGCAACAAGCACGAAAAAAUAAAUUCAAAGUCGGAGACAAAGUUCUAAUCAGCAAGUACAAACAUGUGUUUGAGAAUGAUUACACACCUAACUGGACGACGGAAAUUUUUACAAUUAAGACAGUACAGAAAACAAAUCCAACAACAUAUAAGCUUGUAGACUAUCAGGAUAAGCCAAUUAAAGGUGGAUUUUAUUCAGAAGAAAGCAAAGUCAAAUAUCCAGAUGUAUAUCUAGUGGAGAAAAUUAUAAAAAACGUGGAAAUAAAUUGUACGUAA